CUAUGGCCAGAUCGUGAUCGUGUUUUUCUGUUUGAUUUGAUCUCAAACUAAACGCGUCGCUUGGACAAAUGACUUAUUUGCGUUUUCACGAUGGUUUUCACGCAUCAUGUUGGGGUUUCUGUAAGACACAACCGAGGGCCUAAUUCCCUCGUAGGUCUCGCGAGCUGCUGUCGGUCAACAGUUUAAAACAGUAUCGUCACUUGGAAAACUACUGGCGUGUGUGCGUUUAAACCAUCGGUUUAAAUAGGAACAAACGCACCCUGGAUGAAGCGUAAAUAAUCACGAGUUAUUUACGAGCUUUUAAAACGUGUCUCCCCUCUCUCGUUGUGUUUGGAGCGCUGUAAACGGAGAGUGACGCUACUGCGAAAGCGACAUGAAGUGAAAGAGGAAGUAAAACUUCAGGGAGCUGGUUGGACAUUAAAAAGUGCGAAGAAACAGCAGAAGCUUAACGAAAAAGUUGAGACGACAUCUACGGACACAACAUGGAUUCACUGAACUACAGGUUCUUCAUCGUCACCAAAAAACCCGAAUUUCCCAAACACAUCAAACGUGGGUGUAUCUGUUUCAUCCGUGAACAUAAAUACAAAUCAGGAAUUUCAAAAUCUGCUCCUAUCAAAACAUUAAACGUUACUCCAUUUUCAAGUUCAUCUUUAAGUUAUGAUAUUGAUGUAAACUGCAUGGAGUGUCUGACUCCCGACGAGGCUGGCCUCCUGUUAGCUGUCUCAGAUGAUGAUGAAAAGAUCAAAUGGUUUAGGAGCCCAGAAGCCAUUCAAACAGCUUUAGGAAUGAAAGUUGGAACCUCCGUGGUAGCGGAGGAGAACGGAGAUCGUCUGAGAGGUACCAUUCGCUAUAUUGGACCAUUGGUAGAGCCGAGUUUUUCCUCCCCGAUGACUGGGAGGUUCUUUGGAAUUGAACUACAGGGAAUCGACCGAGGGAAAGGAAGUACUGAUGGGAGCAUCAGUUAUAAAGAACUUUUUAAAUGUGACAAAAAGUGUGGCAUUUUUGCCCCGUUCUGCAAAGUCAGACCUGUGAUUUACAACUCUCCCACCAAACCUGAGCCUCCUGCGGAACAAACAACUGAGGGCCUUUCUCCAGGAGACAAAGUCACCUACUUUACAAAAGAAAAGUGCCAACAUGGGAUAAUGUUGAACAUGGAAGAGGAAGGUGGGGCGCUUUUUGUGAAAAUCUCCACAGGCACAGAUGCGACUGGAAAAAGAGGUGGAGAAAUCAAAGUUCCUCUAGAAAUGGUUGCUAAAGGAGAGAUACUUUCAGAGCCUGAGAGCAUGGAUAUGGAGACUCCCCCGCUGGAAACACUCACUGAUGUGCACAUGGGUUUAAACUCUAUGGUAGAGGUGACGCUAGCUUCUGGAAACGGGUAUGGAAUGAUCCGCUGGAUUGGGACUCUGCCUGAUCGGGACGGUGUGUGUGCUGGACUUGAGCUGGAGGAAGACUAUGGAGUCAGUGAUGGCACCUUUAAAGGAAAGCGAAUGUUCACUUGUCCUCCGAAGAGAGCUUUAUUUGUGAAGCUGAAAUCCUGCCGUCCUGACUCCCGCUUUCAGACCUCAUCAGCCAAUCACAGUGAGAAGAUUCCAGACUUUCCACAUCUAGAGGAGGAUGUGAAUGUCGACACAGGGAGGCUGGAACCUGUUCCUCCCAUCACCUCAGAGCAGAUUCAGCCUCUUCUGAUUGGCCGGAUGAGAGGAAUCCAGGGACACUGUAAUUCCUGCUACAUGGAUUCUGCCCUCUUCAGUUUGUUUUCCUGCUCUUCUGCGUUGGACUCCAUGUUGUUUAAGUCAACGACGCCUGAAGAUGCCCCGAUCCAGAGAAUGCUGCUCCGUGACAUUGUCAACCCCCUCCGCAGUAAGGGCUUUGUGGAGGCGCGACACGUCAUGAACUUCCGGCAGCAGUUGCAGAAGCACGGCUACCAUCACUCGUUCACCACAGAUGAGAAGGAUCCAGAAGAGUUCCUCAUCGUCAUCAUGCACCACAUUCUAGCUCUGGAUCCGCUCUUAAAACUAUCCGCUGCUGGUAAAGUGCAGGAGAGCUACUGCUAUCAGAUCUUCCUGGACCAGAACCACAGCCUGGUUCUGCCCACAGUCCAACAGCUUCUGGAACAUUCCUUCCUCAGUUCAGGGCUGAAGCUGGCAGAGGUGCCGUCCUGCCUCAUCCUUCAGAUGCCUCGCUUUGGAAAAAGAUUCAAGAUGUUUCCAAAAAUCAUUCCGUCGUUGGAGUUGGACAUCACCACCCUCCUGUCCGAGGGUCCUCAGCAGUGUAUUCUGUGUGGAAAUCUGGCUACUGAGGAGUGCACGGACUGUUUUAAGGAGGACAUUUUCAGCCCGACUGGAUUUAAAGUCUUCUGCCGGACGUGUUCAUCUCAGGUGCACGCUCAUCCUCAGCGCCGGUCCCAUAAGCCCGUUCUACUGGACAUCCCUAAGAGUUACCUGGGCCGCGGGUUCCCACACACCAUGACCCGCGACCGGCUGGAGCUGUUUGCCGUGCUCUGCAUCGAGACGAGCCACUACGUGUCCUUCGUCAAACACGGACCGAGCAGCCAAGACUGGAUCUUCUUCGACAGCAUGGCCGACAGACAAGGUGAGAGAGACGGCUUCAACAUCCCAGAAGUCCAAGCCUGCCCCGAGGUCGGCAUGUACCUGGAAAUGUCUCCCGCCGAGCUAGCCAAUCAGGUGCCGCGGGACAUGAAGGGCGUGGCCAAGCGUCUGUUCUGUGAUGCCUACAUGUACCUGUAUCAGAACACCAGCAUGUCCCUCUACUGCUGACGGGGCCCCGGGACGAACCUCACACCUCUAGGGGAUUGGCUGGACUGUUUUUAUGGGAUGUGUGGAAAUACCUGCAGCCUUAGACGUGUGUAAAUGUACACAUAAAUACAUAUUUAAGUGAUUUGUGUCCUGGUGGGGGGAAUCCUCUCAGGAGCGAUUAAAACCAAACGUUUCUUAUUUUGUCAGCAGAAGAUAAACGGACACGAGUUCCUCUGCGCUGACGUAAACAAAGACGUCCUUCACAAACAUGCAGGCUGUUAAAGAACAUGGAUCAGCUUUAAACGUUUAGAUGUUUGUGUGUCCCAACACACCUGGAUUACAGGGAGACCUCCAUGUCCAGGCUGGGGGAUGCAAUAUUUCAAUCUGCUGCGCUUUCUUCUGUUUUGGUGUAAAGGUUUCAGACCAAGUUCAAGCAGAGGGUUGUUCUUGUGUUCAAAAACAUGAAUGUAAAUACUGUCAAGUUCCUUCAGAUGCUAAAAAAUGAAACGUCCUUUAUUCUGGAUUAAAGGUUUAAUGCUUUGGUACCAGUCAGCUGGGAAGACGGCACUUUUCCAUUGGUUCUGUAUGUGAGCGACUUUUGAAGUAACUUCAUUAAACAGAACCUAGUAAAGGUGACCAAACUGGUUUUUGUCUCUAAUGGAGAAGCGGUACCUUCUGUUAGAAUAAAGUCAUCAGGCCUUCGUUAUUUUUACUCUGGGUGUUUGCAGAGGAUUUGGGCCAAAAUGAGCCGAGGUGUUACCUCGAAGGCAGAGCAGCGGUUCCUUUUCAGGAACUAGAAAUGAGUCGUGUCACAGCUGAGCUGAACACGACAGGAUUUGGAGUCUUAUUUCCUGAUAUUUGGACAUCUCUCCUCUGAUUGGCUAACGACACGACUCUGCACAACAACGUUGAUGUUUUAUCUCCACAACAAACACGAGCCUGGAGAAGUUCCGCUGUGUGGUGGAGUUGCUAAUGCUAACGUUAGCUUCUACUAGCUGAGACGUUCUCUGCUGUUUCCUGGACGCUAAACCAACAACAGCCUUCCCCGUCGUGAGUCCAGAUGGGUGAGUCCAUGAAUGUUGGUGACAGUGUGACGUAGAUCUGUCAGGAUUUUCUAAUCCUAGAGUUUCACCGUCUGUUUUCUAUCAGAAGCUACUGCAGGAGAUAGGUGUAGGAGACUAUCUUCAUGUUCAGCCUGUGUGGAAAAACUCAUUAGAAUCAGAAAUAAUCAUAACAUGGUUUUUUUCAGUAAACCACACUUAUUUUUGUAAUAUUUUUUACUCUAAACACGCCCAACCAGGACGUGUUCAUCUUAGCAGGACUUCACUGUUUAGGCAGUUUCUCGCCGAUGGACUGCAGUCAUAAGGCGUUGAGCGCAGGGUCAAGUUUACAUAUAGUUGAAAUUACAUCACACCUCCAACCCACAAAUUUCCAUUUUAGUCUGAACAAAUGCAGACCUGGUCCUCGCCUUGAUGGACUCCCCGAGACAACUAGCCCAACAAGGAUCUGGCUCCGGCAUCCAUGAGCGAAGCUCCGACCGCGAUCCUUUGGACUCUAGUGUGAGGAAGUCCUCGAGGCUCACCAGGAUUCACAGUUCUUCAGGUCUAAAAACACCUUUUUAGGGUCUUGUUUGUAAAUUUGACUUGAUAAAACGUGGAGUGAAAAGGUGAAACUGAAGUUUUUGGUAAAUAUUUUGAGCAUCUGGAAGAUGGAGCAAGAAAAUGUUGAUUAAAUGGCAUCAAAGGGUUAAA